AUGCAUCUCCUCCCGCUCUCCCUCCGCGACCUCCUCCCCCUCCCCGACGGCGCAAACGCCUCCGACACAGUCCUCGGCGGCGUCCACUUCAACCGCACCGUCCUCGACUUCUGGAACUACACCCUCUACUCCAACAACACGCUCUCCAACGGCUCAAACUGCUUCCUCACCCAGCAGCCCUACACCCCCGUCGCCCUCCUCCCCAACGGCUCCUUCGUCAACUCCACAUGGUGCUACGACCCCAUCCGCUCCAUCGGGCCCCGCGCAAAGGCCGGCGUCGCCAUCGGCGUCGUCUACGCCGUCGCCCUCAUGCUCAUCCUCGCCUGCCUCAAGAAGCACGGCCGCCAGUACUUGCCGACGACGAAGCGCUUCUACCCUGUCGGCAAGCGCUGGCAAUGGUACUACGCCAUCCUCGUCUGCGUCGCCGCCUUCAUCAGCCUGUUCAUGACCAUCGACGUCGACCGCUUCUGGGUCGUCGGCCUGCCCAUCAUCAUCAACAGCUUCUUCUGGUACCUCCUGCAGCAGUUCACCAUGGCCCUCGUGUGGGAGGCCGUCCGCCACUGGGGCAGCUGGAGCGAGAGGCAGUACAUCGACCCGGACCCGUUCAUCCUCCGCGAGGGUGACAAGCGAGACAAGUUUGAGUUCUGGCUGCCGUUGUGGUACUACCUCUGGCUAUGGCUGGCAAACCAAACCGCCGCCCGCGCCGAGCCAAACGCAACAGACGUCCGCUUCAAAGUCGCAACCUUCUGCCUCGUAAUCUGCUGGCUCACCAUCGUCGCCUCCCUCCGCCACUCCAUCCUGCACUACUACCCCCGCAACCGCGGCGUCCUCAACAAAGCCCGCGGCUUCAUCCGCUACACCCCGCUGCGCUUCAAGCUCAUCAUCCCCCUCGCCGCCUGCCUCAUCGCCUACCAGGGCCUCGUCUCCUUCCGCUGGGACUACUCCGUGCUCAACACCCAGGCGAACCUCGCCGCCGUCUACGCCGGCGGCUACGGCCCCGCCCUGCUCAUCCUCUGCAUCCAGAUCGUCUACGGCUUCAGGUCGCCCAACGAGGACAAGGAGCUCAUGCGCCAGCGCCGCGUCCGCGAGGCCGAGAUCGACCACGACCUCGGCAUCGUCGCCAAGCCCGCCUGGUGGAAGCGCGUCACCCGCGACGACCACCUCGUCGGCAAGAUGUCCAUGCGCGACCGCAUCGCCCGCAACGUCCGCGAAGUAGGCGGCGUCCGCGCCCCCGCCACCCAGCAGCAGCCGCAGCAGCAGCAGCAGGCCUACAACGACGCGCCGCCGGAGCAGGAGCAGCAGCGCGAGAUCGAGAUGGGCAACAUGGGCGGCAGCAGCUCCAACACCUCGACCCCGGUACGGCCGGGCUUCGACGCUGCAAAGGGCUCCACAUUCUCCUCGUACGCCGGCAAGUCCGACCGGCGCCGGCAGGAGCGGACGAUGAACGCGGCCGCGGAGCUGCUAUUCCCCAACUCCGGGGCGGGCCGGCCGGACCGCGCGUCGGAGCUGAUGCAAGACGGCCCGCCGCCCUCGUACACCGACGCCCAGACCCGCGGCAGGUCGGACAACGUCUCCCUCAACUCCCUCAACCCCGGGGAGCGGAGUAACAGCACCAGCACGGCCGUCUCUGUCUCGGGGCAGCCGCAGCAGGUGAAGAGUAUGCUUGAUGUGUAA